AUGGUUGGAAGAAGUGAAUCACCGGAACCAAGUUUUGAGUAUUCGUGUUCAUACAUCGAUGCUGUGAAGGAAGCAUUUCAAGAUGAACCUGCAAAAUACGACCUGUUUAAAAAGCUCUUGAAUGAUUACAUAGCUAAGAGAGUUGAUAGAGCUAGUCUCAUUACAAGGGUCGAGGAACUCAUGAGAGACCACCGGAAGCUGCUUCCUGGUUUCAGUGUCUUCCAUUCAAAGGCUAAUAAUACAACCAUCCCUCCCGAGGCUAAGAGAGUUAUCCCUCCUGAGCCUAAGACAGCCAUCCCUCUCGAGCCUAAGACAACGAUCUCUGUUGAUGUUAACACAACCAUCCUUCCUGAGCCUAAGAUAACCAUCCCUCCCGAACCUAACGGGACCACCCUUAAUGAUGCUAACAAAGGGUUAGGCCAGUUACUUGGAAGAAGAGUAUCAUCGGAGCUGACUAUAGAGGAUUCGCUUGCAUACAUUGCUGCUGUGAAGGAAGCAUUUAAGGAUGAACCUGAAAAGUAUGAGGAGUUUCUCAAGAUAUUGAAGUAUCUUGAUACUCAUAGAGAGAAUAAAGGUACUUGCCAUGCAGGGGUGAAGGAACUCAUGAAAGAUCACCCGAAUCUGUUUCUCGGUUUCAAUGCCUUCCUUCCAGCUGAGUCUAAGAUAACCAUCCCUCCCGGGGCUUACAGAGCCAUCCCUCUUACGCCUAUCAGAGCCAUCCCUCUUCAGGCUAUCAGAGCCAUCCCUCUCGAGGCUAAGACAACCGCCCCUCCCGAGGCCAAGGCAACCGCCCCUCCCAAGGCUAAGAUAACCAUCGUUUUCAAGCCUAAGAGAACCAUACCUCGAGAGACGAACAGAACUAUCCCUCUUGAGGCUGAGAGAACUAUCCCUACCGAGGCUGAGAGAACAAUGGCUCCCGAGGCUAAUGCAACCAGCCCUCCUGAGUAUAGGAUAACCAUCAUUCCCAAGGCUAAGAGAACCAUCCCUCCCGAGCCUGAGCAUCAUGGCGCUGAGUCUAAUUGUACCAAAGUUGAGGCUGAUUCGUUGGAUUUUAUUAAUAAACUGAAGACUAGGUUUCGGACCCUUGAUACUCAUGUAGUUGAGUCAUUUUUCAAGAUAAUGAGAAAGUUUCGAGAGGGAAAGAAGUCGAAAAAGGAAGUGCACCGGGAGGUGGUUGAUCUUCUCUAUUACCAUGAAGAUUUGAUCGAGGACUUUUCCAGAUUUCUAACAAAAAAACACUAUAUCCACACUAGAUAG